CACCUGGCCGGCUAUCGGCGCUGGACGCUGCCGCUAAUUUGUGUUCGAGAGCAGUCGCUCGUUUUGGCGCUACGUCGAGUAGUUCACUUGCGACAUUGGCGCGGUGCGGUAGUGCAUAUGGGAGCGUGUAUUUUGUUUAUAUUAAACGUGUGUGGUGAUUUUGGCGUGAAUUUCAAAUUGGAUUUCGAAAUCAAGUAUAUAUGAAAAAAUACGUUAAAAUACUAUAUUCGAUACAACAGAACCUAAUCGUGGAUUGUUGCUGAGUGUGGGCAAUUUGCCAAUUUGCAUUGCUAUUGUUGUUGUCAGCUGUGCGUGAGAUCUCUCAAAAGAAUUUAGUGAAGUCUUUUAUUAAAAUUGACAAGUUGAAAAGUGUUGUGUUUUUUUUCAAAUUACGGCAAGCAAUAAAUCACAAAACAAAAGAAUUGAUAAUGAAAUAUAAAUCAUAAAAAAUAUAUGUAAAUUCUGAACAGUGUGUUAGUAACUUGAUAAAAGCUUAUACAAAGUGUUGCGUGUGUUGCGCUGAGCCGUCGGUGUUCUUUCUAAAAAACUCAAGUUCGAAAUUCAAAAAACAAAUUCGAAAAUUUCAAAUUCGAAAACAAAAAUUGAAUUAACGAUAAUAGUAUAAGAUUUCUAAUUUGUGUGUACUUGUAAAUUGAAAUUUAAGAUUUUCGGAAAAGGAAACAGUGAGGCCAAUAAUUAAAGCAGACUGCAGCUUAAAGGCGUGGAGAGAAAAAACUAAAUUCUAAAAAAAUAUUUUGAGUACCCUACAGUUAAGUUAUCAACCAUAAUUCCCUGACGCGCCACGCCCACUAACAUUAUCAACAUUGCGCCCAUUUGGAUUAUGGGCAUAUCCGAGGACGUCAAGCUGGACGACCUACCGCAAGAAGCCAAAUUAGCACAUCAGGAUGCCAUGCCUGAUCGUUCGGCCUCGUGCAUUGUGACGACCGGUGCUAGUGGCGGCACGAACAGUCCCAUUUCGGAUGCGAAUAGCGAUGGCGAGCUGGAUGAUUAUGCGCCGAAACGCAAACAGCGUCGCUAUCGCACCACAUUCACCAGUUUUCAAUUGGAAGAGUUGGAGAAGGCGUUCUCGCGCACCCACUAUCCGGAUGUUUUUACCAGAGAGGAAUUAGCCAUGAAAAUCGGACUAACUGAGGCGCGCAUACAGGUUUGGUUUCAGAAUCGUCGCGCCAAGUGGCGCAAACAAGAGAAGGUGGGACCGCAAUCACAUCCGUACAACCCGUAUUUGCCCAGUGGACCGGGCGCCAUGCAAGCUGUGGUCGGUCCAACAUUGCCACCGAAUCCAUUCACGCAUCUGGGCUUCAAUUUGCGCAAGCCAUUUGAUGCGCCGGCUAAUUUGGCCGCCUUUCGUUAUCCACACCUGUCGGCGGCACCGAUGUUGCCAUCUGGAUUUUACAAUCAAUUUCAAAGAGCACCACCACAUCUACUACCCGGCAUGGCUAGCAUGUACUCACCGACCACAUCCUUCCAAACGCUCCUAGCCAAUAUGACCGCUGUGCCGCGUCCACCACCAGCACCGCCGGCACAACUAACUAUCGCCGCCGUCAAGCCACCAAUGCUUAUUUCAUCCCCUGAAUUGCAUUCACCCAAUCACCUCAUCGCUUCGCCACCAAUUUCCCCCACAUCCAUGACAAUGCAAUCGAUGGCACCACCACCAGCCCUGGCACACUCCCAUGCACCAUCACAACAACAAGGCCAAUCAUCGCCCGGCAUCAGCUUGUCUAUGUUGCAUCAAGCGCCACCGCCGCCGCCACAGCAAACGGCAGCGCCAAGUCACGCGCAUUCACCGCUACAGUUGGCGCACUCACCAUCACAUCAAUCAGCAGCGUCAUCUUCAACACUGCCACGUACCGGCACACCACCCGAAGAUCGGCGCACCUCAUCCAUUGCUGCAUUGCGUUUGAAGGCGCGCGAACAUGAGCUCAAGCUGGAGCUGCUGCGUCAGAAUGGUCACGGCGAUGUGCUCAGCUAGUUGGCGCUGCAGUUGCUGCCGUUGGUGAAGCGCCCACGUAGUGGGUUUGAGGGUGAAAGAAAGUGCUGGAGGGGUCUAGUGGAAAGUUAUGGAAAAUUUCCUCGAUUUUGUUGUUUCUAAAAUGUAUUAAAAUUAAAUUUUAGUUUACUUUGUAUUAUUAUCAAUUUGCUUGUGGCUAUAAAGUCAUCUGUAUGUAUGUAUAUUAGUGUAGUUGUUUUUAAAUUAUUAUUUUCUUCAUUAUUUUAAUUAUAUAAUCAAAAAAUAUAAAAUUAGUACCAGUGCGCUCAAUAAAGCAAUCUUGACUUAGUCGCAUAUAUUUAGUAAAUAGUAUUUAUAUGCAAGAAUAGCAUGCAUCAGUAGAGUUAGUUACUUAAAUAUGUAUUCCAUUAGAAAUUUAUGAAAUUUGUUUAGUAUUUGAAAACUUGAAUUCUAUUGAAAAUCUGUAAAAAGUAAUUUUAGCGUAAUAAAGUGUUUGUGA